AUGGAUCUAGGCUCCAAGAAAAUAUCCCGCAACCGUCCUCAACUAUCAUGCACAGCGUGUCGUCGGAGGAAAUUAAAAUGCGACCGAGGGGAUCCUUGUGACAAUUGCAGACGUCGGAACGAACAACACCUGUGUACUUACCUGCCCCCCAACUUAAAUCAGAGAAAUCCGAAGAAGUCCGGGAAAUCGAAAUCUCGCCUCGAUCGGCUGGAGAAACUGGUGACCGAAUUAAAUGCAAAGGUCCAGCAGGUUGAUCCCUCUCAUCAAGGAUACCCAGUAUCUUUGGCUACUCAGAACGACACGAACCUUUCGCAUGCCACAUUAGGGGAUAAUCCGCAGGGAUUGAGUGUCAGACAUUUCACGUCGUCGUUGUGGGAAGAUGUGCUGAAUGAUAUCGCCGAGAUCAAAGACUGCGUCGACGACGCUGAAUACGACACUGACAACGAACUGCAGGAAAAUCAUCAGCCAGAUGAACUCUCUGUCUUCUGUUUCCGUGGCCAGACUGAUAUCGCAAUGCUUGUCGCAUCAUUGCCCACAAGAGUGGAAACUGAUCGGCUGGUCGCAAACUUCUUUCAUUUCUCUUAUGCUUUGAGACCAAUUGUUCAUACUGAGAAAUUUCGGAGUGAGUACGAAUCAUUUUGGUCAGAUCCUCUAGCUGCUUCUGCUUCCUGGUUGGGAAUGCUUUUCUGUAUGCUACGAAUCUCCUCCGAUCUGUUCAUCCGUUCAGGAGUUGCGCCACUUUCGAUCGUCAACGGCCCCAGCCCAGUUACACUUUUUCGCGACCGAACCCUAGAAUGCGUGUCGUCAACAGGGUUACGCAAAUUAUGCCCAUAUAUACUUCCAACUAUCCUCCUCCACAUCGAGGCUGAGUUUAUGUCAAGUUCAGACUCAAAAAUUGACACAUGGAUUAUAAGCAGCACCGCAGUGCGCAUAGCUUUGCGCUUUGGACUUCAUCAUGAGCCCUUGGCCGAGGAGGGUAUCUCUCCCUUCAACGCAGAAAUGCGGCGUCGGUUGUGGCUUGGGAUUGUACAAAGUGAUAUCAUGCUGUCUUUUCAAGUCGGUCUUCCUGCAAUGAUUCCUUGGCGACAAGUAGAUGUACGACUCCCACGAAACCUUCGAGAUGAUGACUUGGAUGAGAAUUCCUCUGACCUUCCCCCUUCACGGCACAUGCGUGAGGCGACCAACAUUUCAUUUUUCCUCGCGAAGCAGCCGCUGCUGGAGUGUUUCGCGCGGAUUGCGUCUCAUUCACAAGAGCCUUAUCCGAGGGAUGAAGAGGUAGCAGUUCUGCAACAAAAUUUGGAUAGGGCGCGGGAAGGAUUACCGCCCAUCUAUCGGAUUCGUCCAAUCAAUGAAGCUGUGACCGAACCUAGUUUUCUUGUGAUGCAGCGUUAUGCGAUAGAUCAGAUAUAUCAGACAGCUGUCUGCGUACUGCACCGCAAGCAUCUCAGCCGCGCGUCAUCGAUUCCCGAAUGGAGUCAAUCCCGACUCCUUUGUAUCGAUUCAGCUUUGACGUUGCUGAGUUAUCAGGCGAUCAAAGACGAAGAGUCAAGGCCAGCAGGCCGAUUUGCUGGAAACAAAAUCAUGAUGAACUCACUUGAUCAGAAUAGCUUUUUGCUGGCUGCGAUGUUAAUAUGCUUGGAUCUGAAACAGCGAGGAUCCUUGUGCUUGGAGUCAAGUGAUCUUUUACUUUGGAAUCAGGAAAGGGGCGAUGAAAUGAAGCGGGCCCUGGAAACAUCCAUGAAAAUCUGGGACUCAAAGAAAAACGUCUCAUCUGAAGCUUCCCGUGCGAGCAAAAUACUGUCUAGGAUAUUGCGAAGCUUGCUGGAUGACAAAAUUGACUUUCCCGUUGUCGAGAUGGGCAUUGGUGAGCCUGAGCAUUUGAGCGAAGUAUUGGCUUCCUCUGAGGAAUUCGACUGGGUAGGUGCUCGUGACCCGGCCAUUCUUGCCAUGAAAGCUCAUUCCAUAGCAGUUGGAAUUCGACAGUAUGUUUCGUGA